UUAAUUUUCGAAGGUAAUUUGUUGAUGUGGGAAUUCAAAAUAAUGAGGGCCUGGAGAGACGAGUGAGAAGAUUGUUGUUAAUCGAUUGAUUGAUCUUGAGGGAGAAAUGGAAUAAUUGAGGUGAUGGAGGGAUCUCUGGUGUUGUGAGGAUCUCGUGAAAUUUAAAAAGUGAAUCAGCUGAGGAAUUUGGUUAGGAGAAUGGCCGAUGUACCAAUGAACAUGGGGCCCAACAGGAAAAUGUCAUUUGGCUUUACGAAUAAACUCAAUGGCAUCGAGGGCAAGACUCCCUUUCUCAUUGGUGUCUCUGGAGGUACGGCCAGUGGAGAGUCCACAGUUUGCAAGAGAAUAAUGGAAAAACUGGGUCAAGUGGACAUGGAUCACCAGGAGUGUCAGGUGGUUAGCAUAUCCCAGGACAGCUUCUACAGGGACAAUCACUCAAACUCUUCAUUUAGCCCUCAUUUUUUAUUUAAAUAUAUUCUUACAAUUUUCAUCAUUUGUCCUGCACUUUUCUGUUUCAGAAUAAAAAAUCAAAUAACGACAAUUUACCCGGCUGACGUGGUCCUCUUCGAGGGAAUUCUAGUUUUUUAUUUUCCAAACAUUCGGGACUUAUUUCACAUGAAAUUAUUCGUCGACACUGACUCCGACACUAGACUUGCCAGAAGAGUUCCCCGAGACAUCAAGGAACGAGGAAGAGACUUGGAUUACGUGUUAAAUCAGUACAUGAAUUUCGUUAAGCCAGCAUUCGAAGAAUUCUGCUUACCAACUAAGAAAUUCGCUGACGUGAUCAUCCCCAGGGGUGCAGACAACACAGUGGCGAUAGACCUAAUAGUUCAUCACAUCUGGGACAUUUUGCAUUUGAAAAAGGCUGAUACCAGUGCUGGGCAGCAUCCAUGCAUCCAGCUACGUCGCACAUCAACACCUUCAGACACCGUCAGCAGAUGAUAAACCACUGAUAACAAUUAAUCCAUAAAUAUUAUAAAUCAUAACUCACAACUAGUGCAUCCGAUUUUUAUUUCCAUUAUUCGAGUCCCUCCGAGUACUUUUGAUACAUUUUCAUUGACAUCCAGAUAUUUUUUAUCCAAUUGUCCAUUGGAUUUUUACUUCUCCAUUCUAAAGUUCAAUUAUUGGUAAUCCGGAGCUGAAUGGAUAUCUUUCUCUCAGUGAAUUUAUCGUUGAUAUUUCCAGGAGUGGGAGAAAUUCCAUUUUUUUUUCUCUAGAUCUUACCAUUUUUUAAUAAAAUCUUUUGAUACGAUCCAGAAUCCAGAAAGGUUUUUCAUAGAAAUUAUUACAUCUUUGGUUCUUCAAUAUUUAAUAAUUGUUGGUUAAGUGCAUGCUCGUAAGUGUAAGGUAAUUAUUAUGGAACUGCCAUUGUAAUCUGAGCGGGAACAGUUAUUGAUAAUAAAGAUGAGAGCAGAAAAUAAAAUCGA